UCUCCCCCACCCUCCUAAAAAAAAAAAAAAAAGGCAAAAAAACAUCAUGGAAGAAGUAGUUGAAGACAUUGUGAUUGUAGGAGCUGGAAUUGCUGGCCUCACAACAUCCUUAGGACUUCACAAGUUGGGAAUCCGAAGCCUAGUAUUGGAAUCCUCUGAUGGGUUGAGGAUCGAAGGAUAUGCCUUGACAUUAUGGACCAAUGCUUGGAAGGCCUUGGAUGCUGUUGGCAUUGCCGAUUCCAUUCGUCACCAACAUGAACUCCUUGAUGGGAACGUGAGUACCUCUACAGUUUCGGGACUUCAAACUUCAUAUAUAUCUUUUAAGGUCAAAGGAAAACAUGGAGUCCAUGAAGUUCGUCGUGUCAAAAGGAAUAUGUUGGUGGAAGCCAUUGCAAAGGAGCUUCCAAGUGGCACAAUUAGGUACUCUUCCAAGGUGGUUUCUAUAGAGGAAUCAGGCUUCUAUAAGCUUUUGCAUCUUGCUGAUGCAACCACUUUUAAAACCAAGGUGUUGAUUGGGUGUGAUGGAGUGAACUCAGUGGUGGCAAAGUGGCUGGGCCUAAAGAAACCAACUUCCACAGGGAGGUUUGCCAUCAGGGGCUGUGUAGAUUUCAAGCACAAUCAUGGGUUUGCUUCCAAGUCCAUGCAGUUCUUUGGAAAUGGUGUUCGAUUUGGUUUUGUUCCUUGUGAUGAUGAUACUGUUUACUGGUUUUUCACUUGGAUUCCCACCAGCCAAGAGAAACAGACAGAAGAUAGCCCAGCUAAAAUGAAGCAACUUGUAUUAAGCAAGCUAGGAAAAAUGCCUGAACCAGUAAGGGCCAUGAUAGAAAAUACUGAAGUGCAUAGUUUUGUCCCAUACCGGAUAAAAUACAGACACCCACGGCAGCUUAUUUGGGGAAAUACAAGCAAAGGCAACGUCUGUGUAGCCGGAGAUGCUCUCCACCCCAUGACCCCAGACAUCGGCCAAGGUGGGUGUGCUGCUCUGGAAGACGGUGUUGUUUUGGCAAGGUGUCUUGCUGAGGCCAUAUCAGGAAAAACAAAGGAAAAGGCUGAAACAGAAAUGGAUGAAUAUAAGAGGAUUGAAAUGGGGUUGAAGAAGUAUGCCAAAGAGAGGAAAUGGAGAAGUAUUGAACUCAUUACUACUGCUUAUAUUGUUGGUUUCAUAGAGCAGAGUGAUGGCAAAGUGAUGACCUUUUUAAGGGAUAAAAUUUUUGCUGUAUUCCUAGCUGGUUUACUGCUAAAAAAGUCUAGUUUUGAUUGUGGGAAGCUUAUCAUUUCUUGAAUUCAAUCAAAUACAUACUCUUUAUAUUAUUGUCUGUGUAAGAUGCAUGGUAAUUUUUUU